ACGCGCACUAAAGUAGUCGGGCGUUUAUGGAAACAGGAAGCCGAGGGAAAGCAAAGCAAAGGAUUAAAGUCGGGUCUCUGUGUGACUUCAAAGGGCGUCUUGCUUCGUCGACCUAUGAUAUAAUGUAUUUAGUACAAUUUGAAACACUGAACAGCCACCAUGGAGGGAAACGAGAGGACUUUUGGCGCUUUGGACAUGAGUACAGUCAGACUUUCGUUUAGGUUCAACGGUGCACGUAUUCGUUUACAACGAGUUCGGUGCAUGAGAGCUUUCAACAGCUAGUUUUCUGUUCAUUUUAAGUUGCUGUGCUAGCUAGCAGCGGAAUAACUGUAAGUUAAGUUAGCGAGCUAGCUGACAGUUGGUUUAAAAAAGAAUAGGGUGGAAUCUCAUAUGCUACCAUUACCGUUAGCUGCACAGCUUUCUUAGCGUUACGUUACACGUGUUUGAACAGUUGCUGUGUCGCGGAAAAGAUAUUAAGUAACUAUAAAAAGUCGACGGACAUUAGCAACACAUAGGUGAAGGCCAGCGGUACUCCUUUAGCUGCUCGCUAGCUGCGUACAACCGAUAACAAGCUAACGUUAAUGUCAACUAACAUGGAGGAAGAGAUGCAUGUGUUGUCAGUGCAGUGUUACAUAAUUGCAAAACAGAAUUGUACUCGCUGGUCUCACCUUCUGCUCUUUGACGGCACGCAAACCGACUUUUGACAUCUUGGAUAAAAUACUUAUGGCUGUUAAUUGACACCCUGAAGAAAUGGACUCAAACACUCUGAUCAGUGCUAUGGAUCCAUCCAUCACCCUGUGGCAGUUCCUUCUGCACUUGCUGGAGAACCACAGCCACAAGCACCUCAUCUCCUGGACGCCCAACGGGGACGGCGAGUUCAAGCUGCUGGACGCUGAGGAGGUAGCAAGGCUGUGGGGCCUCCGCAAGAACAAGACCAACAUGAACUACGACAAGCUCAGCAGAGCCCUACGCUACUACUACGACAAGAACAUCAUCAAGAAGGUCAGUGGUCAGAAGUUCGUCUACAAGUUUGUGAACUCUCCAGACCCCGCUUCGGCCGAGGGGGUGCGAGGGCCAGAAGAUGCCGCCGGAAGGGGUAGAGAGAGUGCCCCCGAGGCAAUACUGCAGUCCAAACCUGCGGAUGCCCUGGCUGGAUCGCCGGGGGUCACCGGCAUCCCUAAGGGCCUCCAGCCCCAGAGGCCCUCGCCCAGCUUCGCCCAGCGCAGCUCUCGAAACGACUACAUGAAGUCAGGCCUCUACUCCACCUUCACCAUCCAGUCCCUGAAGACACAACCCAAGCCCAUCAAGACUGAGGGCACACUCCUGACGGCCGAGUGCCUGCCCAAGGCCGGACCUGCUGCUGUGCACACACCUGAUGUGGCUCUGUGUGAGGUGCGUCUGUGUGCCCCUGAGGCCCAGCAGAGCUCCUUGCCCCCCCACAGCAACGGAGUGGAGAGCGGCCUGCAGGUGAUCGUCACCCAGCCCUCACCCUGCGCCACGCCCGCCCUGAGCCCGCAAACGCCGUCCGGCUCCACCACGGGCAGCACGAAUGCUCACACACAGCAGACCCAAACCGUGGGCGACUCGCCGCACAUCUUCGUGACGAGUAUUUCGGACCAGGGCUCCCUCAUCUCCCUGACGCCUGUUGGCGCCCCUGUCGGAGCUGGGGAGUGUGUGGUCAGUCAGGCAUCCCAGGCACCCCAGGUGUAUGUGGUCAUCAAACCCCCAACAGUGAGUGCCACCUCUAAGGAGCCUAGCCCGUCCUCGGAUGAUGACAUCCUGGAGAUAGUCCUCGAUCCGAAGACAGUGGAGGCUGUAGAGGCAGUGUCCAUCCCCCGGGACGCCGAGGCCCCCACCCCUGUGGACGUCCCCUCUCCGUGCGUGGAGCCGGCAGGUCAGCCCGAGAGGCAGAAGGAGGGCGACGGAGAAACGGAGAUCAAGGUCGAGCUGGCAGAGGGCUCCCCAGCCCCCUCCCUGUCUGUUCCGGUGUCCACCUCCGCUCAGGAAGUGCACCCGCCCAAGGCCAAGAAGCCGCGGGGCCUGGAGCUACCUUCGUCCCCUUCCAUCUUACCGCCUGGCCUCUCCCUGGACAAAGUCAACGCGGCGGUCAACAGCCUCCUGGCCCCUGGAAGUGCCACCAACACACUAACGCCUACAGUUAUCACCUCCCACGCCCUGACUCCGGUGUUGCUGACUCCCAGCCCGCUCCCCUCCACCAUCCACUUCUGGAGCACGCUCAGUCCCAUCGCCCCUCGGAGCCCUGCCAAGCUCUCCUUCCAGUUCCCCACCAACGGCAGCAGUCAGAUCCACAUCCCGGCCUUGAGUGUGGACGGCCUCUCCACUCCCGUCGUGUUGUCGCCUGGACCUCAGAAGCCCUGAGCACCUGCCUGACUCCAGCACCUGCUCCUACGUUCUGUAGUUUCCCACAGCCUAGCCAACGAGAGGCUAAGGACAGAUGACUGACUGACACACACUCCACUCAGAGAUCCCAGUGUGGCCAGUGGGCGGGGAUAUCUGAAUCGUCAAGCCAAUGACGGCACAGAACUGCAUGUUCCAGUGUGGCCCCAAAUCACCUGAUUGGCUUGUCUACAUGCCUUGGCUGCCAGGUGGCCCAGAGAUGGCAUCUGUAACUUCUCUUGCGUCGUAGAAAGUUCUAACUCAGUCUUUUUAUUUUUCUAAGAAUGUGUUUGUGCGUUUCUUUUUUCAUUAUUUAUUUUUGUCUGAUUUCAGCAAAGUAGACAUUUUGGUGCAUCUCUCUCUCUCUUUUUCCCCUCUCUGUUUAGUCGUGAACAUUUUAGUAGUGAACACUGAGCACUUUUUCAGUGCAAUGGCGCCAUGAUUGAGCUCAUUUGUACUUUGGACUGAGCAAAAAAAAAAGAAGAUUUUUUUGACCAAGUGAUGACAGUCCAUCUCUCUUUCAGUCAAAUGUUUCAAUUUCAAAUUCACCAUCAGAUCCACAACACAAGUGACAUGAAUGUGGUUAUGUGUGCUGUUCGGCUGGAUGACUUGAAGGGAGAAACAUUUCUAAUGUUUGAUGCACUUGGUCUGCAAAAGGAGAGGAAGACGACAAGAGAACUUUUGUGACCCUCUGUAUAUUUUCCAUUGAUAGAAGAAUCUAUUUUCUAAAUCAGCUGGCACUUUUCCGGUGGAAUUUUCACAGCCAUCCUUUUGGAGUUUUCCUUUCUAGAGCUCUGCAUGAAACAUGGACACAUUCGAUGAUGCGUGGUCACAUUCAAGAGAUUCUCUUCUCUCAUUUUUUUUUGACAAAUGGAAUGAACUAACUUUGUCUAGUGAGACAGGAGAGUCCAUCAGAUUUGCAUUCCACCAUUUUAAAACGGCUCUUUUGUUCUACAUACUGAAGCCAUUCCAUGUUUCGGGAAGGAAAGAAAAAAUUGUCUGACUGCUUUCUUGUGCUUCUCUGAUGUUGCAAAGCAUCCCUUACAAAGGCAGCCUCCUCAGUGGAACAAGGUCUCUGCAGUGUCACAAGAAACCUUUUGUAAUUGUAUGAAUUGUAUGAAUGAAUGAACAAAAAAAACAUCACAGGCAACCAAAGAAAUAGCAUAAGCUGUUUGUAUACAAAUUGAAAGCAUCUUUCGUAGUGCUGCAGUGUUUGUCUGUUUUGUGGAAGGGCUGCAAGACCUAGAAUAACACCACAUGAAUCAUAAUCUGCAUUCAUUUCAAAAGUCUGGAGAAGAGUGACUGUAAUGAAUGUAAGUUCUUCUGGUGGUGUAACACUUAGUGUAAUUUAGCAGAAGAGGGGGAAUCCAUCGUUUGAGGACGCGACUGCUGUAAUUUUUGUCUUGGACAUUUUCCCAGCCCCGUAUGAAAAGCAGUUGGUUUUUAGUGUCAUGAUGAAGCACCACAUAUGAGAGAUUUCCUCAGAUUUGAAUCUGUGAACGAAGCCAAGCAUAUUUAUUCCAAAUGAAAAACGCUUGGCUUAUGAAACAAGUGUCAUCUCAACAUGUUAGAAAAAAGGAGGUAAAAUGAUCCAUGGCUGCAACCCCCCCCCCCCCCCCAACUCAGAGAUGCGUAACAAACUGAUUGUGGGUCCAGCAGCUUGUUCUCUGGUGCUGUUUGACUGAAAAGCCUCUUAUGCUCCUUAAUGCAGAGUCUGAUUGAAAUGCUUGUAAGCAAUCCGGUCUUUAACAACACAGUCCAACAUCCCACCAAGCAGCCUUCCCAAAAUGUGUCAGCGCUUUUGCGGAUUUGGUGUCUGUCAGUAGGAAGUGAACGAUUUUGCCGGGGUUUGGCCCAAAAACGAGUGUGUCUCAAGCUCUUUGUCAAGAAUGUAUGUUUUUUUGUUGUUGUUGUUCUUGUUGUUGUUUUUUAUCUGUAGUACAGGAAUCUCUGUCAGAUUGUAUUAAGCACUUUCGGAGAGUGCACACACAGUCUUGUACUUAACGUGUCAGGCAGCAAGAAUGCUGUGUCCUUUCAACAAUCAUAUCUGAGGAAUUGUAAUGGAACGAUCCAGUCCAAGCACAUUCAGACGCCCCCACCCAGCUCUCCAUUCACAGCAGAAUAUCCCAUUAGCUUGCUUGUACAGAUGUUAUCUAAACAUCUCGCCAGUUGAGUACACUUAAGAGGACGAGGUAUUAAGAUGCUGAGAUGUGCCGAUGAAAUUGUUGUUUUAUAUUUCUCUGCAUGUAAAAUAUGGCGCUAUGCUCCAUGUCUCUUUGACUGUUCGCAUUUCUUAAUGCACCUGUUGCAGCUCGGCCUUGAAACACUUGUGCACAGUCAUCCAAAGAGAGAGAGAAAUAGAGAGAGAGAGAAAGAGCCCUUGAAAGAAUUAACUGUUAAAAGUGGAAGCUAACUUUAUGCCAUGUAGUGAUUUCCUCUGUGGCCAGCUGAUUGGUCAACUGGUCAUCCAAGCCAAUGUGUGAAGGUCUCUAAUGUUUAUCCAUUCCUUGGUCCCUGUGCUGACUGUUUGCUGAGGCUUUUUUUUUUUUUUUUAAAGCAUUAUUCACACCAAACUUUCACCCGAGUUGAAGCCAAACAGAUUUAACUGAAUGAAUGUACAGUAUCUUAAUCGUUUCUCUCUGUUGUAACAUUCCCAGGGCACCACCACUGACCCGUUCACUACGAAGUUGAGUUGAUCUUGCAGUUAAAGUUGUGAUAUGUGUCUGAAAAUUGAAUGGCAUAGAGAAAGCAGAAGUACAGUAGCACUUCAUUCUCAUGUUCCCAGUCUACGCAGCUCUCUGACGUUCAGGUUGUAUUGUAAAUCCAGAUGUUGUAAGUUUGAGACGACAUGUUUCAACAUAUUGUUGUUAUACAAGUUACUUUUAAUUUAUGGGUCACAUGGGGUAUUUUGAGUACACGUACAACAAAUGAAAUGUAAAGCCUGCUUUUGUAGUGCUCAGCAGUGGAAAGAUUAUUUUUUACAGAAAAUAUAAGCAGCUCUCACCUCUCAGACAGUUAUUGCAAUUGUUAUGUUUGUCUUUUUUUAUGUUUUAAUCCUUUAACCCCAUGAUUAAUGAAAUAUGUUUAGAUAUCAUUUCUCCUUACCCUUGUUCUACCGUUAAAGUACAUUUGCUUGUAGUCAGCAUGUCUUUUUUCAGAGGGAGGUGAGUUUGAAAGUAGAAAUCUCAGUGUGGACUGACUGUCUGUCACCGGUUGUUGACAUUGUUGUCAUGAAGUGGUUUGUUUUUGCCAUGAAAAUCAGCAGAUCGUUACGAAAAUGAAGCCAUUUUACACAGCGUGGUGAGCUUGUUGAGUCAGCCCGGUGGAUUUUCACAAGUAGGGCACAUCGCUCAUCCUUUACUUAUUAACCAGGCAAACAAUAACACCGCCUGCAAUAUGAAGUGGCUCACUGUGAUUUCUGUUAUUCUUAGUUAUGGGUCAUUUUAGAAAGCACACGUACAAAAACACACCUGCCCAUGCACUGUGGCGCUUGUAUUUGGCACUUUUGGAACACGCUUUUGUUUGUUUUCAAAGUUGAAAAAAAAAGAAAAAAUAUUCUCUUUCACGAUGUGUACUUACAUGCGGAGAUGAGCGCAUUUCAUGCUAAGAGGAUAUAUUGACUGUUUCUGUGUUUCAGACUUGCUUAUUCUAAUUCUGCGUGUCCUAAGCCUUGUAAUGGGGGGUUAAAUGCAUUUUAAAUACCGCUUGGCCUGACUGUAAGCUCUCUCUCUCCCCCUCUCUCUUUCUCUCUCUCUCUCUCUCUUGCUCUCUCUCUGCAGUUCCUUAGCAUGAUGUUGUGUUUGCCUUCUCUGACCUACAACCAGCGUUUGAGUUGACCACAUGGCCCUGAAUUGGGGGCAAGAUGGGGGCUGGGCUGGGGUUGUCCAAUGAGGUGGCACAACCAGAUAUGUAUGUGAGCUUUCAUGUGUGUACAAAAACAGUGGGCGUAAACAAACAUGUUUCUGGGUUAAUAUGCAGUAUAGAUUAACACAGUUCUUGUGGCAGCAUGGCAAUGUGAAUGUUCAGGUCUAUGUUGCUUUGUAUUUUCAGAUGAAAGAGUAUUUUGAUAGACAGAGUAGUUUUCUAAAUCGUUUGAAGAUGACGACGAGCAUGGUUGAGCUCAACCUUUCAGACGAAAAAGGUUAUGCUUUAUCUUGGCGCGUGGCCUCAACCAGCUUUCCCUCUCUGCAAAGUCAACUGAGUGAGAAUCUCUCCAUAGACUGUUAUAGUGACCAUUUAGAAGAAACAAAAUACGGAGAAUAAGCCAAAGCCUUAAUAUUGAGCAUCAGAUGAAUAUUUUGGCAUGUAACACUUAUAUGAAAAUUGUUCACAGUAAUGUGAAAUAUUAUGGCCCAUUGCUUUCCCAGCUUUAUAUGCUAAAGAAUAUCUGUUACUGCUCAAUAGUGGUGUGCUGUUUUUGAUAGAUUCAUCCCUUAUUGUUAGGAGUGACCAGGAUGUGUUUGGUUCCCUAUCCGUGUAUGUUAUGCAAACUAAGGGCCAGGAUAUGAAAAAGCCAUUGAAAAUGAUUUCAGCUCUACAAACAGCAAUCAUCCGACACGGCUCAUGCUAUGUACUCACACCACCCUUAUGCAAGUUGUAUCUCAAUACCAGCAAAACGUUUGGUUUCCUUCUGUCCUUUGUUUCUUGGGCAUGGAGAGGGGGCAUUUACCCUUUUUGAUGGUCUUUUUGAAGAACCUUUUUUUUUUUUUUGCACCCCUUAUUAGCUGAUGUCUGCAUUAGUGCUUGUCUCAGUCGUCAUGCCCUUUAGGUUGUCAUAGAAAUAUAUCAACAACUUACUCUCAGCACCCAUCAAAUCAUUUGGGCUCAAAACUGUUGAAGGUUUUAUGCUUCGUUUUAAUAUACUUACAAAGUUACUGAAAAUGAUGUAUCUACGAUGACAGGUUGCUGUAAGUUGUGAUUCCGUUCCUUUUCCUCUUUGACUUGCUUUACUAUUUAAUACGUCACGUGGGAGUAUUCUCGUACGACCUGGUAAAUCGCAACGUGUUGGAAAAAAAAAAAAACUUGCUAUAUAUGUAUGUGCAAAUGUAUGUGGGAUAUCUCUUGACAUGUGGAAUGCAGAUUCCUUUGAGAGUCUGCAUUUCAACCCCAAGACUCUGUUGCGAGUCGUUACGAUCUGUUAGGCUUCUCCUUUCUUAACCCAGAUGAGUGGUGCUCUCUGGGGUUUUAUUUAGAGAGAAGGAGAAGUCCCUUUUCGUCUGAUUUGUUUUGUUUGUUUAUGAACUGUCCAAAUACAUUAUAUUUACUGGAAAAAAGAGAGACAAAACUAUUUUUAAUCUGCACAUUCUACUUUGUUUGUGUAUAUGUUAUAGAUAUUAAUCUUGUUUUUUAAAGAAAUCUCUGGAACUAAUGUUCAAGAAAAAAAGAAUAAAACCUUAUUUUGU